AUGUUGGUCUCCGGUAUUACCAAGAGGGUAACUCCCCAGAUCACCAGAAGUGCUCUUCGUGGUACAAUUCUGAAGCGCUCUUUCAGCUUUUCAUCCUUCACUUGGUCGAAUUCCAACAGUGGAGUCAAUGGAGCCGCGGCUGCUGCUGCUGGUGCUGCUGCCGGUGCUGGCGCUGCUGCUGCUAGCUCCAACUACAACCCCAACUCGAUCCCAGACUCGUUCCAGUACGAUAUCUCAGUAGCAUACCAACCGAAAGAUAGAGAGGAAACUAACUUGUUUAAGAGAAAUAAUAAAUUAACUUCAAAGACUCCCGCUCAAGAGUCUCCUACGGGUGAGGACAAUCUCUUCGUUUCUGCUCCAAAUUCCUCCGGAUAUCUUGCCCUUGGUGUAGCGGAUGGUGUUGGAGGAUGGUCAGAAGCUGGUUAUGACUCCUCAGCUAUCUCUAGAGAACUUUGUUCUUCCAUGAAGGCGAUUUUCGAGCAAGAGAGCAUCGCUUCUACUGAGUACUCUCCUAAGCAACUCCUCUCAGUUGCCUUUUCCGAUAUAUUGAAGUCUCCAAAGGUAGAAAUUGGAGGUACCACUGCAUGCUUGGGGAUUCUCACCCCUGACUAUAAGUUGAAAGUGGCUAAUUUGGGAGACUCCUGGUGUGGUGUGUUCAGAGAUUACAAACUUAUUAAGGAGACUAACUUUCAAACUCACAACUUCAAUACGCCAUUCCAAUUGGCUAAGAUCCCCAAGCAAAUAUUGAGGCAAGCUGAAUUACAGGGCCGUCGUUAUAUAAUAGACUCUCCAGAAAUGGCCGAUGAAUACUCUUGGGACGUACAAAAGGGUGAUGUCAUAAUAUUUGCUACCGAUGGAGUCACCGAUAACAUCGUUCCUGGAGACAUUGAAAUUUUCUUGAAAGAUAUGAACGUAUCGGAAGAAGGAGGGAAAUUGUUGAAUGAAGUUACAUCAGAAUUUGUCACUCAAGUAGUUAAAUUAUCCAAAGAUACAAAUUAUCCAAGUGCAUUUGCGCAAGAAUUGUCAAGACUCACGGGCCAGAAGUACUUAGGAGGAAAAGAAGAUGAUAUUACCGUAGUUUUUGCAAAAGUUAAAUAG